GCCGGGAAUGAGUGGGUUGAAGGAGCCGGUGUUUCUACACCUGGUGUUCCCGCUAGUUCUGCUGCUGCUGCCGGGCUUCUGCACAGCGACGUUCCUGAACUUCAAGGAUGGCGUGGAGUACAAGUACAAGAUCGAGACGGAGUCAAAACUGUCAAACGUGGAGGAUCCGUUCAACCUUGGAGCUCAGGUGAGCUUCCAACACCUGAAGGACACAGAUAAGGGACAGGAGUGUCUUCUUAAGGUGCACAGUCUCACCUGGCAACAUGUUAACAACAGAGGCGCUGCUACGGAGCAAUAUGACUUCUCUCAAUGGUUCUCUUUUGAGAUUUCCGGCCGUGGGGAGAUUUAUAACGUUUGGUACCCGCCGAAGGAAAAAGCUGAAGUUGUCAACAUCAAGAAGGGACUAGUCAGCUUCUUUGCGGGUAAACUGCACCACAACCACGAGGUGGGAAAGGCGAAUGAAGACCGUUGGUCUUAUGUCACCAAUGAGACGGGGCAUGAAGGUGACCACCAGGCCACGUACAGUGCAGAACCACACGAAGGAGGUGUCAAGUUCACCAAACAGAGAGAAGGUCAUCCCGCCUUUCAGCACAAGAGCGACACACGACUACACAAGGAGCUGUAUUUCAAAAAAGAUGGAGAGGUUCCUCACCGUGUGCUGAUCAAAGAGAAAUUCUCCUCACCUACUGAGAGCCAACCAGGGUUUGACGUACAUGAAGGCAGCAGAGGAGGGAGAUUUGUCAAUGAACCCGAGAACAUGGAAAUUCCUGAGAUGUCCACGUCUGCGGAGUCAGAGUUUAACCUGAUAGGACUGAGUCAGGCUAAACCUGCUCCACGACCAGAGGGACUGUACCAGGACGCCAUCACUGUCUCACAGCACAAACACAAGGUUCCCACUGGACCUCGGCUGAACCUGACUGAUGUGAGGAAACCCAUCCAACAGGACCUGACCUGUCUCAGGAAACUCAUCAUCAAACGACGGGGUUCCAGUAACAAUGACGUCAUCCCCUGUUACACACGACUGAGGGAAACUCUGGAGCGGCUCAGCAACGAUGAUCUGGUCACUAUUGUUGACUUCUACCUGACCCAGAGCAGCAAAUAUGCUGCAAAACGCCUUGACAAGUAUCAUCUGAUGAGUGCAGUGGCGGAUAUGCACACAGACUUCACAGACGACCUGAUCAUUGACUACGUCCUGUUAGCUGAUGAACCGGACAAGGACUUCAUCGAGAGAGUUCUGAUUCACUAUGUGGGCAUAGACGAGCCAAUACCACAACGCUUCAUAAGGACACUUGAGAACUUGGCAUUCUUCCCAGAUGAAUAUGAUGAGGUUUACCUGAUUACCAGUGUGAACCAGCGAUGCCUGCUGGUCCUGGGAGCUAUAGUGGAGAACAUGGUAAAACAUGGCUACCAUGAGAUAGCAGGGCGUGUGGUGGGGCGGAUGGAAGCAGACCUGGGCAUUCACGAUCCAUGGGAGGAGCGACAGAAGCGCUCCACCAUGACAGAAGAGGAGCUGGAGUUCCACGACUUUGAGCGUGUUACGCUGCUGGAGGCGCUCGGUAACGCGGCGCAGCAGAGCUCGUUUGAACACCUGGUGUCAUACACGAACCAGACCUCCGCGCCUCCACUCCUCAGGAGGGCGGGGCUACACGCCAUGAGGGGGUAUCGUCACCAGGCGGCUGCAGACCACCUGCACACGUCGUCCAUGACAGAUGAGAAUGAGCAGGUGCGUUACGAGGCCAGAAUGUACUACCAGGCACACUCACACGGGCGCAGACUGCCGGACGACCACCCACAUGUCGGACCUGGGUUUAAGAAUGUGACCAGUCCAGCUUUAGAAAACCCCCUCCUUCCCAUGAGGCAACGUACCAAGAGAGGAUUCUGGGAAGGCAUCAGCAUCAAUAUAGAGACCCCGGGUGUGGACUGGAAGAAGAUUCUGGGGUCGCUUGAUAUCGGCGCAUCGUUUGGUGUCAUCGUGAGAAACGGCCUGCUUACAAACAUUGAACCGUUGGAAGGAAACAUAGAUGUAACGGUUCACGACGAAGUGUUCGCAAGGGUGCACCUGGGAAUUCUGGGAAUAAACCUUGACAUCUUUGUCAUACGACUGUGUUUCAUUGGUCACACCUGGUACAACCUUAACCUGCUUCAGGAGUUUGAUAUAGGGACUGUGACAGACAUCACCAGCAAGUUUGAUGAUGUUGUUGGAAAGAUCUUCAACGCCAUCAGUACCGGGGUGUCGGCUGUUCAGAGUGUGGUGACAGGGGAGACUGACAUCAUUGAUCUGUUUGAAGCACUGAAGUCAUCUUUGGAGGCCCUUCCUGGCAGGGUCCUUAUGAUAAAGGAUGUUGUGAUUUAUGUUCUGGAUGUCCUGGGGAAGUAUGAUCCCAAUGUGUGGCCCCCCACUAUCCGCCCCAUGGUCAGGGCCGUGCUGGGCAUCGUGGGUAAAAUCAACAAGAUCAGGAAUGACAUCAACACCUUCUACAAUUUGGUGACAAUGACCAUCUCUGUGGAUCUGCCAUGGGCUGCUGACCAAAUCUGGGACUCCAUUGUGACCUUGGUUGGUGCCCUUGAUGAGGUCUUCUCAAACCCCAAGGGAGCCCUCGCUAAUAUCUUCAAGUGUGUCUUCAGGUUUGCCCAAGCAGCGUACACCCUUUUCCAAAGGACGAAUCAAAUGAAGGCCAUUAUUCUUCCUAAUGGACAUUUUCCCGACUGGUUUAACCUCAAGGCAAUGGUCCUACAAGCCAAGGCAAACUUGACCACAGCCCUUGCUGAAAGCAGAGUGGCCAUGGAUGCCUGGAUGGCUCAAGCCAAGAAAGAUCCCAUCGCAGCAUAUAUAGGCAUGCAUGAGUCCAAGUUGAAGCAGAUCGUUAAGACUGAGCUUGACCUUGCCAUGACGCGUCUGCAUGACUCCAUGGACCCCCUGGACGGAGUGGCGGACGAAUUCCGUGAUGACUACGACAGGGGCAUCAAGGUGGUCACAGCCCUGAAGGAGGCCUACGUGGUGUUAGACGAACACUAUCGGAAGGUAAAAGCGAUGUAUGUCAGGAUUUUCGGUGCGAGGGCCCACGUCAAGUUUCCCCGGAGAGUCAACCAGGAGGGAGGGCCGGGCUGUCCGGGCGGGUUCUACCCGACUACGCACAACGGGAAAUACUUCAACUGGGAGGGCAUCGACCUGGCAGCCCACGCAUCCACCACGCUGUAUUCCCCGUUCACCGGCAUGAUGAAGAAGAAUGUGACAGGUACGGUCACCAUCAACUGUACCGACUCCAACGCCCUGGGCAUGAUGGCCUUCAUCUCAAACAUCUCUCCCAACGCUACCCUCUUCGCUGAUCCUAAUGCCACAGAGGUGGAGGUUUUUGCUGGGCAGGCGAUCGGAACAGUUUUUGCCUCCGGGUGCAACAACCACAUCCACUUCGCGGUGUACAGGACGGCUGUCCCACCCAAGUGGCUCCCUGGAGGCUGGAUGGACGUCACUAAACUACUGGAGCCAAGAGGCAUAGAACUUCCAGUGUGGACUCAGGACUGUGACGACUACAAAUUUGUCUAUAAGUUUAAGACCCUUGCCAGUGGUUCAAUUGUGGGUCUGGCAGGGAGACAGAAUAAGAACACAAGUCCAACCAGGACAGCAACUCAACCAGACACCUCCAGCAUCAAGACUAUGUCUGCACGGAGCGGCCGCAGGAGGAAGAAACGUGCUCUUCUCAACGGGAGACAGAUCGGAAUGCACCAGCAGCAAGGGUUGGCUAUCGUCAUGCCUGGCGUAAACGGCUCCGGACCGUCAACAUUUCAGUUCGGGUCAACAACUAUCAACGACCUUCUGAAUGUCCUCCAAGCACUGGGCAUGAAUGACAGCUACGACGCACUGAAUGAUGUGGCAGACUCUUUGACAUUGCUGCUGUUGAACAAGCCGUGUAAGCGUGCCGACAAGAUGACCUUCGCACAGCUGCAGAACGAGCUCGCACUGCGGUACGAGAACUCUACGGGAACUCGCGACGAACUGGUGGCAAGGAUGAAGACCUCAAAUGCCAACUAUUGUCCGUUCCUGACUAUGAAGAUGCCGCCCAAUGUCUUCUGCACAUUUUCGGAUCUGUGUCUGGGAAUAACCUGCUGUGUGGAAUUAAAGAUGUGGAAGUUCUUUAAGACCGUAAAGGCUCACGCCACCUUCAACAUCUCAACGUUCACCUUCUCCUUCGGAAUAGAGACUGCUGGGAUUGAUCCGUUCUUGUACGAAUACCAGAUAGUUAAGGAGAAGUUCUGGGGUGAGACAAAGGAGAUAGAUACAGGUAUAGAUCUGGACUUCACAGGAGAAAGCCCCAUGAGAGUAAAGAUAAGAAUCAUGAUGGAGUACUACAAGCCUGCCCUGUUCUACCUGACCUUCAGUGUGGGAACCUGCAGCGACAAAUGCCUUGAUUUUUUCGUCCUGUUAAAUCGAGCGCCGAUACCCUUACCCACGCGAGGAGAAAACGGAACGAUUGUCUGGCCCUCGGUGAACAUGACGACCUUGGCAGAGAGUGCCAUGUCCUCUGCACAGCUGGCCAGGGUCACAACCGAGGCACUGCACAUGCUCGGCCUGCCAAUUGGCUUGCUAGAAGGAAAACUGCCAUGUGGUCUGCCAAACCAACUCACAGAGGCAAAGCUGAAGUACAAGCUGACAACUUACGGCCUGUCUCUCAUCGGCAACACCACUGUGCUUACCAAGCGGCUAAAGGAUCAUGAAAUGACCUGUAAGAAUGAGUCUGGAGCUGCUUUAGCCAUGUUACCCCUGGUUCCCUGGAACAUGGUCAACUACACUUACUGUAGACUGGAGAGCACAUGUCUGGAUAUCAGAUGUUGUAUAGAGGUUGGUAUCCCCCUCCUGAACUGGACCUGGGUGUUCAAUGCUAAGGUACACCUGGACGUGUGUAACUAUGAAAUCGUGGUGGGGUUUGAGAGCCUGGAACAGAGACUACUGUUCCUCAACGACUUUGCCUGGGGUGUGAAACAAAACGUCAAGCUGGCCGAGGGAGUCACAAUAGAAGUCACGGUUGCCAGGGACAACGUGAACUACACAAUAGACGUCGGCGCUCGAAUCUGUUCUGACUACAAGUGCUACAACACCAGAACGUUUAUUAACCAGUACAAGGCACCAAUACCUGAGUGUGACAUGGUGGAAAUAAAUGCAGCAACUGUUCAGCGUUUCCUGACGUCUGCUGGUAGUCAGGUGCACCUGGACUUGGUGGACGUCAUCAUCAAGAGUUUUGGUCUGAACGACAUCUUUGUACCAGCCGGGCAGACAGCUGAGAUGCCUGGCAGUAACACUAACAGUACCAGAAGACGACGAGAAACAAGUUCCUGUGGAUUAGACCUUGAUUUUUCCUACCUUCCUGAUGGAACCACCUGUGAAGUGAACCCAGCCUGCCAUGGACUGGACUGUGUGGUGGACAUGAACCUGCUGAACUACACCACAGUGUCAGCUGCUGCUGCUGUCAGCUUCGACUACUGUAACCUGCAGUUUAACAUCCACAUGGGCAACUGGAGUUACGCACUCAAACUCAUGACAUACACAUGGGGACAAGUGCAGGAAAAGAAGAUUGGGGACGAACUAAAGCUGAAAUACUCCAUUGGGAAGAAUGCCAGCCCUACUGUCUAUGUGGUGAACUUUGAGGCCACCCUCUGUAUCAACGUAACCUGCACAGAACCUGUCCAACUAAUCAACAACUUGGAAAUCCCCGAACCUGUCUGUAAUGCCAGUCUAACUGACUCUCUUGGUGUUGAGUCAGUUAGUGAGCUUGAGCAGUAUGUCCAGGAAAAUGGCCUGGCUGCCGGUGACGUGCUGCCUCCCACAGCCAGGGAAACUCUGCUGAACACACUUGGACUGACACACUUCUUUGAAGAGAAGCCUUGUACCAGACCAAAAGUGUUACAGGAGGGCUAUGCAGGAAGAGAAAACUGUCCAGACAUGAACAACCCCACCCUCCCUGAUGCUGUGACCUGUGCUGUCCAGUCGGACUGUCUGGGGGUGUCCUGCUGUGUGGACAUGGACCUACAGCUGCUGACCCUCACCACCACAGCAGCUGUCCAGCUGGACAUCUGUAACUUCACCUUGAACCUGAGGAUGGGCCAGUUGAACUUCCACCAAGUUCUGUUCCUCUAUCAAUGGGGAAGUGAAGUGACAAUGAACAUCAACGAAACCGUCAUUGUGACCUACAGCAUUAGGCAAGACGACGCAGAAAACCGUUUUGCCAUCACGGUAAAGCUCACGCUAACCAUCGAUGGACAGGUGACGGCCCAGUUCCACCUCCUGAGGAACAGUUUCAUGCCUCGUGCUGUCUGUGAUCCCAACGCACCUAUGACAUCUCUCAGUGGGGAGGGUGAACGAUCGAUAGCAGGUUUCAUCGAGGCCCUGAACAUCACAGCUGACACUGUAGUGGGAGACUACGCCAUUCUGGCGCUGCUGAGCUACAAUGGGAUAGCAGGGGUGUACGACCUGACCACAAGCUACACACCACCUGUAGUAUCUGGGGGUUUUGCAGAAAGCUGCUCAGGUGUUGCAUGGCCACAGCCGCCACCUGGCUACACCUGCCAGCUGACCAGCAGCACCUGUACGGGCAUCACCUGCUACGGACAGGUGGAUCUGGACCUGGUGACCUUCAACUCCAAAACCUGGAUGGACUUUAACCCCUGUAACUACGAGCUGACUGUAGGAGUCAGUAAUAAGGAGUACAGCUUUUCUCUGCUGCAGACAUACAACUGGGGUGAACAAAGAACAGUUGAAUUUGGAACUGUCUUCAGACUGAACUAUGCCAUCGGCAAAGACGAUGACAACAGCACGUUUGUGUUGGAUUUCUCCCUGAGCAUCUGCAAGGAAGCAAACGUCUCUCACUGCAGUGAGCUCGUCUUUCUGGAAGGAACCGAAGUUCCUCAGCCACCAUGCUUCACACAAAACACCUGGACACCAACACAAGGAGGAGAGGCAAUGUCAUCUGCUGAUGCCAUGCUGUUCUUCCAAAAUGCCGUGGCUGGCUCCCAGAUUGUGUCGACUGUUUUCCGUGAGGCCACUAUGAGGUACAUGGGUCUAGUGGGUGUGUUUCCCGAAGGGGACACAUGUACUGGCAACAGUUUGAGCUGGACUGGACAAAACUUAUGUGGAGACACUACCUUACCCACUCUGCCUGGUGACACCAGCUGUACAGUCAGUGAAGAGUGCUACAGGAUGGACUGCUGCAUGACCCUCGACCUCUGCUCCAUCUGGGAGGUCAACCCAAGCUUCCAUGUGGCCUUUGACCCCUGUACUUACAGCCUGUCUGUGGGGAUGGGAACAUGGACGUCUGACUUUAAUUUGUACCAGUACACUUGGGGACAGAAAAAGACCCUGGCCAUAGGGACUCUGCUAUCCUUCAACUACAAGAUCACAAAGUCAGAUGAAGACAGUGCUUUUCUGAUGGACUUUGCCUUCCAACUGUCCUGUGAUGGAACAACUACAACCAAAAACAUUGCCCUCAUGGAGGGAACCAAAGUACCAUACAAAACUGACUGUGAACAGGUGGUACUACCAGACACUGUGGAGGCCUUCCUGACUGAACAGGGUGGUCAGGUGGAGAAGGCUGGACAGGACUAUGUGAUGAGAGGUCUGGGACUAGUCGACACCUUCGCUGGACACAGCUGUAGUCAUCCAACAGAUGGCUGGACAGGACUGGACAGGUAUCCAGAAAACAUGCAGCUGCCAUCCCUGCCUGACUUUGUCAACUGUGAGUUAACCGACACCUGGAUUGGAGUCAGCUGCUGUGUGGACUUUGACCUCAAGGUUGCAACCUACAGUACAGCUGUCAUGUUGGCCUUUGACCCUUGCACCUUCACCUUGUCCGCCAGCCUUGGGGGGAAAAGUUUCACAGAACUGGACAUGUACAGGUAUACAUGGGGAACUGAGGAGAGCCUAACAGUUGGUCAUGAGAUUCAGCUCAACUACACCAUAAACUACAACAAGGACACACAGGAGUACACGCUGAGUUUCUCAGUCACCACAUGUGUGGACUCCUGUACCGCCCCCCUCCCCAUCUUCUCACAAACAACCAUCAGUCUCCCUACCUGUAUGGACCAAGUCCCUGUGCUUCCAGGAGCUGGAACCAUCCAGAAUUUGGUCACACAGUACGGAAACAACCUUGGCGAUGCCGCCCUCCAGCCUGCCUACAGAUACUGGGGUGUCUUUGACGACCUUUACCCCCUUGACCCCUGUGUAGUUCCUGCAUCAUCAACUUCAUGUGACCUUGACCUCACGACCUUGAACCUCCCCGACACGUACCAGUAUUCCCUCCGCGACUCCUGUACAGGGAUUGAGACCUGUGUGGAAUGUGACCUUCAGGUUGUACAGAGGUCGUCUAGGGUGGCUGUCAAUGUUGAUGGUUGUGCAAUGACUAUGACCUUCACCUUUGCGACCUUGACUAAAGUUGUCAGGUUGUAUGAAGUUGUGUGGGACCAGGAACAAGUGUGGCUUGUUGGAACUCUCUACCAGAUCAAGUACACCAUUUCAAACGACAUCGCAGCUGGUAACUACCAGAUUGACCUUGAGGUCGUGACCUGCCUUGACCCUGACAGCUGUCAGUCCUGUGGUCAUGUGAUGCAGAACUCUGUCUUCCCCAAACCAACAUGUGACUCUGAUGCAAGCUGUGAACUAGACCCAUCCAACCCAGGGCAAACCUUCACAGCAUACCUGGGGAGUUUUCCGUCAGAUGUAACAGCCGACGUUGCUGCCACGGGGCUAGAAAACGUGUUCCGUUGUCAGGGAGUUCCUGACAUGAUCAUGGAAUCCUGCAGCACCCCUCCUGUAGACACACCCACAUGUGACUGGAACCCUGCACUUAGUGAUGGCUGUUACUACACUAGUGACUGUAGUGGGGUCACUUGUUGUAUUGACUUCAACUACCAGAUCAUCACUAGGGGUCUGGAUGUUCAUUUUGACAUUGAUGAGUGCACGUACAGUAUAACAGUGGAGGUCGGCAGUGAGACCAUCACUCAUCUCUUCUGGGACUUUGCCUGGGGUGAAGAACAGGCUCAGAGACUCGGAAAAGCCUUCUACAUCAGGUACACAGUACAUGAUGAGGGCAGCCACUAUAGAGUGAGCUAUUUCAUAGCUCAAUGCAUAGACGACAGGUGUGACAAUGGCUGGAAUGUUCUGGACAGUGCUCUCAUCAACAAGAAAGGAUGUAACGACAGUUGUGCUGCACUCCAACUUCCAGACCUUGCUGGAGUAGACAGUGACUAUGCCCUGCAGGCAGUCUACUGUAAACUUGGCAUUGAGGACUACUGGAGCGCAGAACCAAGCUCACUUCAACCUACUGGAGUUUCCCCUACAGAGUGUUCAGCCUCAUGGCCAGAUGUUCCUGGUUACAAGUGUGUGAUCAGUGAAGGCUGUCUUGGCUUUACCUGUACUGUAGAUGUUGACUUCAAGGUGAGGACCUGGCCUGUCAAGAUGGGAGUUUCCUAUGACCCCAAAACUUACAAGGUCAACGCAGUUUUUGCCAACACGAGCUUUGAGUACGACCCUUUCAUGUACCCAUGGGGCCAGGAAGAGAUGGAAACUUUUGGAGACAUCUUCACCUUUAAGUACAAAGUUGACUACCCAGCUGAUGGUGACUGUGGCUCCAUGAAGUUCAAGUUGGAACUGGAUGUGACCAUUGAUGGAACCAGAGAACCCAACAUGCCUCUCUCACUAGAACUUACAGCUUCAGAUCCAUUUGAUGAUUCACCAUACAUUCUACCAGGUGAUGGUACCAUCGAAACGUUCCUAAACAUCACAGAACACGAUGGUAAUGAUCUGGCUGAACAUGCUGUGUACCAGUCCAUGGGCAUCUCUGACCUGUUCUGUGCUGACAGCUGUACUCACACAGUACAGUCUGCUGUUCCGGACAGCUGUGUGGAACAGGAUUGGGACCUGCCCAGUGAAAUGGACAACGUUACUUGUUCAUAUACCGACCAGUGUCAUGGUGUUCGAUGCUGUAUUACUGUCAACUUUAAGGAUACGGAGAGGUCCUUCCAGACCUGGUUCCAUGUUGACUCUAACGUGUAUGAACUGUCUGUGGGCCUGGGGAGUCGUGAGUUCACAGCCAGUGUCUUCACGUUUCCCUUUGGAACAGUACAGGAAGAAACCAUUGGUGAUGUCUUCACACUCAGGUAUAAUGUUAGUUACCUGGCUGACACUCAGCAGUACAGAGCCAACAUGGACAUCAGUUUUAAUCUGGGAGAUGAGGACAUGCAGGACUACGUAAUCCUGACUGAACAUAUCUUCCCAGAGAUGGCAUUUGAUGCUGCUGUGCCCUACACUCUGUCUGGUGAUGUGACUGAACCUGUAGGGUUCUGGCCCCUGAGUGAAGAUGUGGGACCUAUGGACGUCACAAAUGGUGGAAACGACGCCGUCCUAAUCAACACCAGUCCCGCCGCAGGCCCUAGUGGAGAAGACGGCCAAUCCCUGGCCUUUGACGGCUCCACCCAAUCCUACAUCGACUUUCCCAACAACGGGCGCUUGACCACUGAAGGCUCACUAACCAUCCUCGCAAACAUCAACCCAAGCACGGCCAACGAAUUCGCCCCAAUAUUCGACUACAGGGGUGGCGAAAUUGGCGUCAACUCGUCUGGCAUCUCACUCUGGCUACUACAAAACGGAGUUCUACAAGCAAACCUAGAAAUGCAGACAGAAGACGGUGUAGAAAAAGUGACGUUCCAAUCUGAAGUAGACACGGUAAAGGCAGGGGAGUGGAACUUCAUUGGCGUGUCCUACGACAACGUCACCAUGACGGCAUAUCUGUGGAAGAAUGGCGCCGUAAUCGGGACGUUGCGAACACCAACGGGGAUGCUCGUUACAGAUGGUCCAAUGAUCCGGGCGGGCUACGCUGUUAUUGACGAGGUAAACAGUUUCGCCUUCAGUGGGAGCCUGGCCUGCGUACAAGUCUGGAACCUUUCCCUCACGGGUCAACAAGUGGGAGAAGCCAUGAACUUCUGCCCGUACACUGGGUCCUUCUCUAUAACAGCAUGGCCACAGACAGUUACAACUUUCCUACAAGAUGUCCAGUUUAAUGCAACAAGCCCGAAUGCUGCCAAGGUCACCCAGGCAGUGUUCCGCCAUUUUGAACUGUACAGCUACCUUGACGACCCAGAAUGCAGUGCUCCAGCUCCAACUGCCCAGAGCUGUCCUGACAUCUCAUUGGUCCAGAAUGAUGUUUUGAAUCUGCAGCCUACUGACCAGUGUUCUGGAGUGCAGGGGUGCAUCACCCUUGACUUUAGGGUGAAGACCUACUCGUUUGAUGUGUCCUUCUAUGUGGGUCAAACUGGGAACCAGCUACACUACAGCAUCGGAGGACAUGAUUUCACUGUCGACCUGUUCUUACUCUCCCCUGGGGAGGUUCACACAAGAACCCUGGGCAACAGCAUCGAAAUAAAGUGGUCUGCAAGGCCAGAGGAGCUUGGUACAGUGAUAGUGGCAAACUUUGACCUAUACUUCACCAUAGACAACCACCUGGUUAUCUACAAAAUACUUGACAAUGCCCGCCUGUCUAACAACGCAAUCGGUCAAUCCAACUCUGCAGCCGCUGUAAAAGCAAUGCUUGAAAAGGUGAAGUCCUUCCCAGCAUCAAUUCCACAAGACCAGUAUGUCACCUUCAUAGCCACGGAGCUGGGGUUAAAUUCAAGUAUUAUCAGAGAUCCCGCCACCUGGGGUACACCACUGCCCCAGCCCACCUUUACCACCACCUGCCCACUGAAAAUCUUAGCAGACGCCAUGUCGGAACAGACCAACGGGAUGGUCACGUGCAUCGCUCUGGAACACUGCGUGGGAGUGAAGUGUAAUGUUCAGUUGGACCUGGAGGCUGUGGAACCUGUGAUACAGAUCUCACUGAAGAUCCAACCCUGCCUACCUGACGUGAGCAUGACUGUUGGAUUUGAAAAGGAGGACCAAGAAAUCAGCUUCAUAACUGACUACUACAUCGGAGAUGGACCGUUGAGGACUAUUGACUUUGGAGACCACAUCAAGCUGCAGUACAGUGUUCUACGUGGUCCUGAGCAGACCUUCAUCACGACCUUUACCCUCCUGGCGUGUGUGAAUGACAUCUGUGCUGUGAGGGUCCCCAUCUUGGAUGACCUCGGCAUCCCCAGACCUCCAUACUGCACUCGCAGGAGAAGAUCUAUACAAGUGUCUGAGGAGGGUAUGAGGCUGUUGUGGACAUCAGGAUACAGACCAGCCACCAUCAACUCUGAUGUUAACAGCCUGGAGACUCCAAGACAGCAGUGUAUGGAGACACUGGAUGCCAAGAUGCAAGGAAAAAGCUGUCCAGGUCUACCCCAGAUGUGGGAACAGCACAAGCUAUGCCAGCCUCACGUCAACUGUCGUGGGAUCUCCUGCUGUGUCCACCUGGAUCCGGAUCACACAGAUCUCAUGAGUCACAUCAGCCUGGACAUGGAGACAUGUGGACGGCACCUGACCAUCCGGGUCGGCAACUGGUCAUUCACCGAGACCAUUCCAAAGGCACACACAAGAUAUCAACAUGGAGAGAAGAUUGGGGAUGCAGUACAAGUGAUCUACUCGGCCAUCAACCCUGAUGAUCACAGGGUAGUGGUGGAUCUGAAACUACGAGUCUGCGACCAUGAGACAGAUGAGCAGCACUGUCACGUUGUGGUCAUCCUUAAGGAGGCUGUUGUUCCCUUAUUUGGGUGCAGACAGGAUCAGCUGACUGAGGACUCUGCAGAUGCCUCACACUUGCGCUACAAGAGAAGUGCCGCCAAGCGCUAUGGAAAACCAGCAAACCCAAGUCAGGGCUCCUGUCCGUCUGAAAGGCAUCUGCGUGAAGUGGAGCACAAGCUGCACACGGCGUACAGGAAACAACAGGAGCGCAUCUCACGGGACGCUGGAGUCGUCAGCGCUCCUUACCAUCACCACCGAGUCAAGCGUACAACUGCAAAUGAAGUGUUUGAGGUCCCAGCAUUAAAUACGCCGUUCAUACUGCCCCUUCCUACAAACAUCACAGUCAUGAAAGGGUUGACAGCAACUCUGUCUUGUGAAACCACAUCAGAAACAACUGUAACGUUCCAAUGGGCCUUCAAUGGGCAACUCCAGGACACGUCACUGUUUGGAUUUGAGCUGACACCGAACGGAACUUUGAAGGUCAAAAACGCACAGCCUGCAAACGCAGGGACAUGGACAUGUAUGGCCACUAACCAGUAUGGUACCACUACACGUGUACUGACCCUCAGGGUCGUGGAUGGUGUGAAGGACAUGACGCUUCUUCAGAUCCGGUUUGCACUGGACUUGAACAACAUUGAUCCCGUCGUGGCUGUCAAUCUUAUGGAAGAUCUGAAGAACCUGUAUUCUGCCAUGCUUGAAGAAGCCAUCGAUCUCUUCUUGAAUGGGGGAUUUAAUGACGAAUUCUCAUCCUUUGAGAUCUCGUUGAAAGGAUUCUACAAUUCCCCCAGAACAGUCUCCAACUUCUUCAAGUAUCAAAUACACAUGCUUGUGGGUGGAAUUCUCCCCAUGAGAUUUUCAUUUGGUGCGGAUGGGUUCUACGGCUACGACUUUACAGUAGGUGCCAACCUACUGGGCAUGAACCUAACAGGUGGGUUGACGCCCUACACCGGUAUCCGGGUUUGGGGAGAGCUAGCGGUAGGAGCUGUCAUGUACGGUAAACUGCGCCUGGAGGGAGACAUCAUGGAAAUACGCUUCCCAACCGUAGCAGAAAUUGGAUUCAGCAAGUUUCCAUUUGAUGUCAGUAUGACAUUGGACUUGGAGAUAAUCCCCUUGAAGCUUGUGCUGAAGGCUCUAGUCACUAUCGAGGUGGACGUAUUGGUUGGAACAAUCACAGAGACUCUGUUCAAGGCAGACCUGUGGAAGUACUCCACACCGAAGAUCACCAAACGUAUCCUGGAGCUCAGUACCAAAGAAGAAGACAACAGCCCUCCUGAGAUUGAGAGUGUCACUGCUGACGGUUCUGGUAUACCAGCCCAGACAAAGCAGUGCAAUGUUGACCAGGUGGUGGGAUAUGACUACACAGAGCCGGCCUUUAGGUUAGAGAUUGUAGCCAACGAUGACAGGUCCCAGGCUAAGCUGAGUUACGAUGUAGGCACCAUCCCUGGCGGCACCGAUGUGGUGUCACAGGAAGAGAUCGGUAUCACUCCUGUGGAACUAAACAGGCCACUGGUGCAUGGAGUUCCCCUACACUUCACAGUUCAUGCCUGUAACACUGGGGGAGGCUGUUCCACCGCCACAUGCAGUCUUCCUACCUUAGAUAACACCUUACCCAGUGGGAGAGUAGAUGUGGAAUAUCUGUCAACCAGUAAUCCACAGAAGUUGAGUGCUACUGCCAAACUGUUUGAUGACUCCGAGCUGACAGCACAGAGAGUAGGCCUGGGCCUGGGACAUGGAGUGUGGGGGGACCAGGUAACUCCCUGGCAGGAGUUCACCCUCACUAGGGAGACUACAACUCAAGGGGGUCUGGCUUCCUUUACCCCUGGGAGGAUGGGUCGUCUUGCUGCAGAGCCCUUCAAGUUUAUCCCAGGUAACGGUGUAGCCACUUCCAGCCCUGAGUCUUGUGCUGCAGAGUGUCUGAAGUACUUACCUACACAGUGUAAGGGAUUCAACUUCGACUACGGAAAAACCAAGGAUUGCGAGCUGAAUGGACAAGCAGAGUCAAUGGCAGCAAAGGGUGGUGCUCAAAUAGAAAUUUCUGGCCGGAUGCAUUACUUUGAGAGGUUUGGAUUUGGCCACAAUGCGUACUUCCUUCACGAGGGGCUGGCAUUGGAAGACAACAGCCUGUAUUUCUUCAACGUGGAGUCGGACAACUUCAUAGGAUACACUGGUGAAAUAUCAUCACAGGGAAUCCUGACGGAUUUUACCCACCCUGACCCCGGGUACCUGGGUUCGAACCCAGGACAGGAGGAGUUCUUGUUUGACACCUGUGAAGACCUGAUGUUGGACGGCUGGGAGCAGGACAGGUGUGCCAGCGAGGCAGACAAGACAAACCUGCCUCAGCACAGGCUUAUUUAUGGUGAUGUAGAUGGGACGACUGUGUUUAACGGCAUGAGGAUGACAGUUGGAACCUACUACACCAGAGCAAACACCUUCAUUGCAGCCAACUGGGAUGGGUUCCAUGAUGACAACACUGGUCUGUAUGGGUACAGCUGGGCCGUAGGGCUGGAGCCAGGACAGGACCUGAUACAUCCUCACAUCGACCCUCAUGCACACCUGUAUGAUGCCAGCGAGUGGACGCAUGCAGGCGGCAUCUUCCCCAUACCACCCAUACCUGGAUAUCCUGAUGGGAUCUUACUGGAUGGAAAGUAUUACGUCACUGUCAGAGCCAUCAACGACGUGGCCUUCGGAGGUGCUCUGAUCACCAGCGUGUGCCACACCGCACCUUACGGCAUCGACAACACUCCUCCUGACUUCCAUGAUAUCACAGAGGUCACUUUUACAGAAGAUGAGGAACUCUAUGUUGCUUACAAUGCAAGUGAUCUCCAGUCAGACAUCAGAGAGGCAGAUAUUGGCCUGGGCUUGACCAAGUUUGACGUUCUUGUGAUGGACUGGGUGCGUCAUAACUACACCGGCGUUCACGAGGAAGGGAUAGCCGGGAGCUGGACAGGAGAACUGACCACUGAGGAGGAAGGCGUGCCAUUCUGGCCCAAACUGAGAGUCAUCAAUGGAGUUGAUCUGAGAGGGAUGGGAGUGUCUGAUUUCCCCAUUGUCAUGGACAACACACCGCCCAUUGCCGGGGUUGUGUAUGAUGGGUACCAGUAUGGCAAGGACCUCAACUGGACUAUGGAACAGAAUGAGGUUUGUGCAAACUGGAAGGACUUCUAUGACCCUGAAUCUGGCAUCAGUAAGUACAUGUGGGGCGUGGGCAGCUUCCCAGGUGGAUAUGACCUGGUGAACCUGACCAAGUUCAGCAACAGGGCCCACCAAACCUGCAUGCAAUUGGACGAGCCCCUGGUCCACAACUCCAUGUAUUACAACAUGCUGAUUGCCUACCACGGAGGGUUUAAAAAGCUGAGUGUUACUGCAGUCAGCAACGGAGCCCGGGUAGACCUGACCCCACCAGAAGCUGGCUGGAUUGUAGACGGAACCAGUGAAGAACUAGAUGCAAACGGUAUCCCUGUGGACGAAGAGUUUACUUCGGAGCAGGCCAUUGUUGGCGCCACGUGGGGAGACUUUGUUGACCCCGAGUCAGGCAUUGAUGAAUUCAUGGUGUCUGUGUACAGGAGGCAGAGGGAUAGUGAUGGUAACUAUGGAGACGACCAGCUGAUACACGGGCCUGAUGACAUUGAUAAGGACGAGGGGUCGGUGGUGUUUUACCACUUCCAUCUCCUCCACGCUGACAUUGUCACCACAAAGUUGACAGCCAUCAAUGUAGCGGGAGGUGUGACAGAAGCUCUGACUGACAGCUUCAUCGUGGACCUGACUCCUCCUGUGUUUAACUACCUGGUGGACAUCUGGGACGGGGAUAACUCUAACCCUCCUGUGGACAGGGACUACCAGACAACACAAAACUCCCUGUCAUCGAGUUGGAGCUACCAGGAUGCUGAAUCUGGACUGGACCACUUCAAGCUGGCCAUCUUUGAGACCUUCCAUGGAACCAGACAACAGAUUGUACCAAAUAACGAGGCCUUUAAGCUGCUGUACCCAGCAAGCCUGACCCGGCACACGGAGACAGGACUGAGUCUGUCUGCAGGAGCCAUGUACCAGACCAGGAUCGGGGCGGUGAACAGAGCCACGCUGACGUCUAUCUACCAGACAGAUGGAAAUGUCAUCGACCCUUCUCCUCCUGCUAUGCAGUACCUGCGUGUGGGUGUACUUGACGGAAGUGCGGAGGAGAAGAUAGACGGUUAUGUGUAUCAGUCAGACCCUAACGGUAUCCAGGCCUCUUGGCUAGCUGUGGAUGGAGAGAGUGGGGUACAGGAUUACUGGGUCUCUGUCGGCACAAGUGCUGGUGCUGAUAAUAUCCUGCCGUUUACAAACAUGGGCUCAGAACGUGCAGGCUAUAUCAGUGGUCUGACCCUCCCUCUUACGGACUGGAACACCAACACUCCGCUUUACUACGUCACUGCCAAGGCACGGAACGGCGCCGGGUCUUUCUCCACUACGAUCACGUCUACGCCCAUAUUUGUCGUAGACCAGGACAGGGCCGGUUACGUCACAGACGGCCCUGAAGAGAACACGGAUCUGGACUAUCAGAGAACCAAAAAUAUCCUCACUGGACACUUCUCAGGUUUUGAGAGCCAGUUACAUGGAAUUGUGCACUACCUGUGGGCUGUGGGGACCUCCAGUGGGGAGGACGAUGUUCAACCCUUCCUGUCUGCUGGGAUCAUCCUCAAACCUGAGGACCAAGUCAGGGGAGGAGGACUGGGUGGCAGUGGCAAGGCGAGAGCUAUCCUGUCCCUGAACUGUGGAGUGACGUACUACCUGACGGUACGAGCCAUCACAGGGUUCGGUAACCUCCUGGAGACCUACUCAGACGGUAUUCUCAUCGACUGCACUCCUCCUACUGUGGACAUCACCAGUAUUGGGAUUGUGCCUGUUGGUGAAGACUCGAGCUUGGCCCCUGGUACAAACCGUUACCAGUUGACCUCAGGCUUCAUCAGUGCAGCCUAUGAUGUCGCCGACGACAACUGUCCGGUCAGUUCCGGCUGGUACCAGUUUGGUACGACACCCUACGGCAGCGACAUCCUGUCGGCAACGUCUUUUAACCCUGCGUACAGAAGCAACAAGGCUGGUGUUAGACCUGCUGCUCCAGGUGUUCCCAACAUUCUGACUGUGUAUGGUAGUAAUGUGGCUGGACUUACCAACAGUGCCCAGAGUGGCAGUGUGGUGAUAGACUACACCCCUCCUGUUGUUGGCACCGUGAAUUGCCCAUCCUACAUGUCAGCUGCCACUGAGCUUCAGUGUAGCUGGCAGUUCUUCCUGGAGUCUGAGAGCAACAUCGUCAGCUAUGACUUCAAGAUUGGAACCAAACAGGGCCUGGACGACACUUUUGCUGCAGUGUCUCUGGAUGGGUACCGGUCAGAGUACAGAGCCACAGGUCUAACCCUACAGGACCAGAGAUACUACUAUGCCACAGUGACGGCCUACAACAGUGUGGGUCUGAAGACUGAUGCCUACUCCAGUAGCAUCAUUAUAGAUGCCUCACCGCCUGUUAGUGGGGUGGUCGUGGAGGUCUCUGGUCUCAACACCUUCAACUACAGUACUGGGGAUGUAGUCUACAAUCCUGUGUCUAACUGCACUACUGAAGAAGAAUGUGAGGCACUUGAUGCUACCUGUCAACAGUCCAUCACACAAGUCACUGCUGCCUGGACUCCCUUCAGUGAUCCGGAAUCUUCCAUUGCCAAGUAUGAGUAUGCUGUAGGGACCACCCCAGGAGGGGGUCAGCUGAGAGAGUACACAGAAGUACCCGGUGGGGUGUCCUCUCUUACUGUCAUGGGACUGGACUUGUCACAGGUUCAACAGGUCUUUGUGUCUAUCAAGGCCUAUAACCUGGCAGGUUUGACCACAGUGGCCAUCUCCAACGGUGUAUACAUCAGUCUGUUCAGCGCAGGACUUCCACCCAUGAGCCCAGCACAGGUGUUUGAUGGUCCUGUACCUGGGAAAGACCUUGACUUCCAGACGGACCUGAAUGAGAUCCGAGCCAGCUGGGACUUCAGUGGAGACCCGUGUCCUGUUGUAAACUACGAAUGGUCCAUCAGAAGGGUGGACGAAACACUCAUCCAGGACUUCACAGACACCAGACUGAGAACUGAGAGUGCUAAUGAUGGUUUGGAGAUGACUGAUGGUGAAACUUACUACAGUGUCGUGAGGGCCACAAACGUACUGGGUAACACUUGGACUGUACGCUCUGAUGGUAUUGUGGUACAGAGAGAACCUCUUGUUCCCGGAGUCACCAGGGACGGCAAGAUCAUUGGCUACGACCUGACCUAUCAGGCGUCAGUUACUGACAUCUGUGCCAACUGGGACAACUUUGGGGCCAGCACUACUGAUGUCAACAGUGAUCCCUCUGGCAACCCACAAGUUGAGCAGCCGGAAGAACAUCGCGCCAUAGACUAUUAUGUCGUCUCCGUGGGAACUGACCGGACAUCAUCCAGAACCCGUAACAACAUCGUCGCUCCCACCAACGUGGGCCUGAACAAGACAGUCUGUUUCUACCACCUGAACCUGGAUCCAGGAGACUCCUACUACUACGUGAACGUGCAGGCGUUCGGGAAAAACUUCGCUCCUGCUGAGGCAACGUCCAAUGGCAUCCGUGUUGGCUACGACAGUGGAGUCAUAGCUGGAAACAUCAGCGUGUCCCCCUUCAUCAACUCUAACAACUCUGUGCUGGUCCUGUGGGAGGGUUUCCAGUCCAAACCCAACGUCUUCCCGACUUUCACCUCUGUGUUGGCCAUGAGGAUGUUCAUGGUCGGCAUCGGGCGUAGAACAGACAGGCAGAGGAGGACAACAGCACAUGAGGACGCACAGGAUCUCAACUGUAAAGAUAUGAUUGAUGAGAACAGUGAGGUGUAUCAGACCAUGCUCCCUGAGAUCUUUACCAUAAUGCCAUGGACCAUGAUAGAGAAGGACACGUUCUACAAGGCUGAAAACCUGUCCUUUGUACACGACGGAGAGUACUUUGUAGUGGUGGUGGGAGUGGAUGAAGCUGGUGAAUGUGAGAAGAGCAUGGAAUACUUUGAAGUUGACCUGACUGACCCGAUAGAGGGCUACCUGAGGGUGGGUCCACUGCUUGGACAGGAAAUGGUGUACACGAGAACUGAUGAGAAGAUUGACGUCUUCUGGGGGAACUACUCGGACCCAGAGAGUGACAUAGACCACUACGAGGUGGGCCUGUUCAAGGCUGUGUCCUGUGCUGAGGAAGACGAAGAAAACCUGGCCGUAGAAGUGGACUGGAUCAUAGUAAACGACACUUACAGAUCCUACACACUGAUGCCACUGGAACUACAGCGUAACAUUCCGUACUAUGUCCGCCUGCGAGCCGUGAACGCUGCCGGUACCACCAUCAUGACGGAGUCCCCGCCGAUCAUCUAUGAUGACUCGGAGAUCUCGGCAGGGUCUGUCGUUGACGGGUGGGACUACUUCGAGGACCAGGACUACCAUGGAGACCCAACUGCAGUUCAAGGCAUGUUCCUGCAUCUUGCUGACCCGAAAGCUGAGGAGUGCCCCGUGAGACCUUCUCCCUUCAUGGAUGGAACGUGGAGCAAAGUCACCACAGACAAACUGUUGGGGAUGUACACCUACACAGAUAUCUACAGGGACUGGAAGCUUACAACACGGGAGAAAGAGGCUGAGUGGACUGAGAGUGGCGACUCCCUGGCUAUCACCAUGAUCCGCAGUGUCCAGUCAGAACUCAUGUACUCGGGGUGUGUCUACAGGAACGCUGACAUACAGAUUGGUGGUACCUACAAGAUGUCCAUCAAGGCGGCAGCUCCUACAGUGUCAGCAGUGACCAGUGUGGUGUUCUGGGACGGCCCAGACGGGACAUGUGGGAGCUCCGACAUGUGUGACUACUGCUGUAACAGUGAGGAUGACUCGAUCAUCUGCCCAUGUGACUGUAACAAGUACUCAACCGACCCCAUAACUACAACACCACCGCCCACCACAACAGCACCUCCACAAAACACUACGUCAGCACAGAACAGCACGUUCACAACACAGAACAGCACAUUCACAGCACAGACCAGCACAGCAGCCCCACAGCGACCUACACCAGUGUGGGCUGUCCUUCCUGACCCGAUCGAAGGGCAGACGUCAACUGUCAGCGAAGAAGAGACGUUUGUCACUCAGAGUGCUUGUGGCAUGCACAUUAUUCCUAAUGGAAAUACCAACUCUAGGCUCAUCAUGUGGUGUACGUACUAUGAAGACAAGUACAUGCCUAAGUACAAAGAAAUCUUCCUGAACUUCGACCCUUCAGCAGCAUUCCACGACUAUGAGUUUAGUUUUACUUUGACAACCUGGGAGGAGCUGUCUGACUGGUCCUUCAGUUUUAACAUUGAUGGACAGCAGUGGGCCAUGAUAUCCGGCCUACCAUCCUUCACCAACAACACUAAGAUCAUGUUGAACGUCUUCAACGAAGGCAACGAUGUGCCUGUACUGGACAACAAGUUCAAACCAGGCCUGACCACUGCCAUGUUCCGUAACGUUGUAUUUCCGCCGCCAAGUGAUAUUCCGUGCCGUUACGGACGACCAUUCCGCGGAAACAUAGAUCCAAUCAUCAAGUACUAUGCCGGAGUCCUGGCAGAAAAUCCUGAUGGUACACAGAGCCAAGUGGUAGACUUUGAAGAGAUUUACACCCCAUGUCUACCGUGCCUGGAUGACUGUAGCAGGUUUGCCUGCGACCCACAAUGCAACACCAGCAGUGAAAACGUGGAAGUCAAGUUCAGCAUUGAGAACCUCAACCUCACUAUUGCUAACGAGAACGGGACCGCUAUACCCUACUACCUUAUAGUCAAGGCACUCUCUGCCAGUGGAAGUGAAGUGACUACUACGACCAAUGGGUUCACAAUCGACACAACUCCGCCUAACAUGGAGACUUCCAUCCACGUUGAUGUGAUGCAGGGAGAACUAAUGCCGACGUCCUACCAACAGUCCAACAACACAAUAAAGGCUGUGUGGUACUUCUCAGAUGAAGAAAGUGGUAUCAAGGAGAACUGUUUUGCCAUUGGUUCCCGUCCUAACGGUACCGACCUUCAGAACUUCACCUGUAUUGGUGUGAACACGACUGGAGAGAACUCACAGCUAGAGGGUCUACUGGAGAACAACCGGACAUACUACGUGUCUGUCAAGGCCACUAACAAAGCAGGGCUUACCGCUUAUGGUGUGACAGGAGGUGUAACCUGCUUGCUUGAGCCUCCCUCUGCCAAUGUGAACACCAGUGCCCUGGGAUGUACAGAGAUGGCGGGAGCCUUCCCUCCCGGAUCACUCGAGGCAACAGACCCAACAGAAGUGGGGAUUUCAUACGGUCCGCCUGAAGAUCCUAGCAUCAACAAAACAAUGAUGUGCGUCAAAACUUGUGGGAACGGAGGGGACACCGUUCCCUGUAUACAGAUCGGUCUCGGCGGUGGAGGCAGUGCAGCUAUCGUAGACGGACAACUCCUCGUUUCCAACCGGGUAGUUGCCAACAUCUCGGACCUACCGAAGCCGACAGAUCCCAACUGCUUCACUCCGGACACCAACGACACCACAUCAACCUCUCUCUCCGAUACGUCUGUUCAGAGGUCCAUGCAGGCUUACGUCAAUGCAAGGCCGACUAGUCCUUCCACUAUAUGCAGUUGCACCAUGAACUGUCUGAGAAUGUGUAACCCAGCUAACCUGUGUGUUGACAAGUGUGAUGGGCCCAUCGUGACUUUGCCUGCUGGUGACUCCACUGUUGCUGCUACACCUGGACAAAGGAUGAGAAUCACUGCAUCAGGUUCUAGUAACAGAAAGCGAAGAUCAUCAUCAAGUGAUUAUGAACUCUCCAUAGAACCAACCGGAGACCUUCCUGCUGGUGUAACCAUAGCCUUUGGACAGCUGGACCAGAACCGAGUUUCACAAGAGUAUGGGUCUGAUGCCUCUGAUGACUUCAUCCCCUACAUCACUGAUCCUACACUCACCAUAGAAGCUAACAUGACAGGGAGAUACCUGAAAGACAGGAUCAAGACCAUCCUACAGCCCAGUUUCUACCUGUCUGUUGUGGGACAAGUUGAGCUGAAUGCGUCGCUUGCUGUCACGUCCACUGUAGACCCUGCAGCAGCCAACUGGACAGACUAUACCCCACUACUGGUCUUCUGGAACAAAGACCUGAGUGAAUGGGAUGAUGCUUCUCGCACCUGUGAUGAAAAUGGGCAAAUGGAGUUCAAUGAGACUACAGGAGAAUUGAUCACUUAUGUAUGCUCCACCAACUACCCGACCGCUCGCAGUCAGCGUGCAAGGCGGUCCACAGAUGUUGUUGUCGAUUACUUCAGUAGGGAGACGCAGUUUGCUGUGGUCAUCGCCACCAAAGGAAUCCCUAAUGACCCCCCUGUGUUCACUUCAACACUGGCCCUCUGGAUGGAUGAAGAUGGAGGAACUCUGGCAUACUGGAUUCAGGCGUCAGAUCCAGACAAUGAUGCCAUUGUCUUUGGCAUCGACCCCAGCUCCUCCCCAACACUCGGUACUGCCACACUGUCAGAGGAAGGGCUGCUCACGUACAAGCCUUUUUCACAGGAGUUCGGAAUGGAAACCAUAAACAUCUACGUCAGAGAAGUCCGUGAUGACGACACCAUCAUACCAAUCCUGGAGACUCCUGCCGUACUGAGCAUCGAAGUCCUGUCUGUCAACGAUUACCCAGAGUUCUCUGUUCAGAUUGGUGGACAGAUGCUACUGGUUAGAGAAAACAACACAAUUGAGGCACCGGUUGAGCAGAACAUUGGCACAAACAUCAUGUACGAGCCGUAUCAGAUCGUGGUGUCUGUGUGGGACCCGGACGUUGGAGAGACUCUCCUGAUUGAUCAGUACAACGCCACCUUCGGGACAGCUCACAUAACCCUUCUGGAACCCGAACCUUCGGAAAUCCCUGCUGAGGGAAGCUAUAUCAAGGCUCUGAUAACGUAUGUGCCAGUAGAGAACUUCUACGGCCAUGAUGAGUUCAUCCUGAUCGGGAUAGAUGCAGCAGGGGCGUACUCAGAGCGUCUCAUCUUCGAUGUCUACAUUCUACACAUGCCAUGUGUCAACAACGCCACCUGUAAAGGAAUUGAGGAUGACUGGAACUGUACGCACACCAAACGUGCGGAUGGAUAUGAUGGGUAUGAGUGUGAGUGUCUCCCCGGCUGGGUGGGCCGCUACUGUGAGACGGACUUUGACGAGUGUGUGUCCAACCCUUGUCCGUGGCCAAAGGAGUGCAUCGAUGAGCUUGACAACUACAAGUGCCAGUGUCCAGACUGGAACCCUAACUGUGACGGUCUGCAGCCGUGGGAGAUAGCGCUCAUCUUCUCAUGUAUCCUGGCAGUCAUCAUUGUUGGAGUCAUCAUCUGGAGAGUCAGAUAUCUCAGGAAACAAAGAGUCCAGAAAAUCAGUGACUCCAUGAAGGACCUCCGUGCGGAGGAGGAUGAAGCUAGAGAGGAGAAGCCUGAGUCCUUGCCUAAGAGACUGCCGCCGAUCAAG